AUGAGAAGGAGGUCCAUGAACAUCUCUAUGAGGGAGAUGGCCGUAAGGUCCUUGGGAGAGCCUGACCCAAGCGACCCCACAGAGCCAAGGGUGAAACCAAGUAAAACCAAGGGCAAGGCAGUGGCAGGCGACGUCGGUUCAUGUAGGGGGAACGUUGUAGAUCCAGGUGACGCUAAGGUCAUCAAAGUAAGGAGCAGCGCCGCCUUCAGCAUGGGCAACCCGGGCGUCGAAGAGUCUGCAAGCAUGGUCGACAGCCUAGGCGACGCCAAAAGCUUGGGCGACGCCAGAGGCGCUGAACACGACACUACAGAAAGAGGGGAUGACACAUGCGAUGCACUAGGUGGCACCUCAGGCCCUAGCAAUGCCUCGAGUUACAUGAAAUAUAGUGGCAACAACGUAGAGGAUGACGCCUUAUAUCUUGCACAGGUGGGCGGCGCCAGCUACAGGAAAGGUGACCCCUUACGUCACAUGCAAGAAGAUAGUGCCAGUCGCUGGGAAGGUAGCACCCCUGGCAUUGGGCUGGAUGGCGACUCCUCAAUGGCUGGGUUUGGCAUUGCCCCAUCAGCUGACCCUGGCUUGGAUGGUCUAGAUAGUGGAUCUAGAGGGCAUCAUUGA